AUGAGUACAGAACUACCGUAUGCCGCAGAUGCAGAGGUCUCGCUCUCCUACGACGAGCUCGAGGUCCUCCGCAUACAGUUCCAGAAGGAGGUCGCGCAGUCGCACGUCACCGUGCAGACCAAGUUCAACUAUGCGUGGGGGCUCGUCAAGAGCCCCGUGCACGACCACCAGGUCGAGGGGGUGCGGCUCCUCCAAGAUAUCUACCGUACGGAGCCGUCGAGACGAAGAGAAUGCCUAUAUUACCUUGCACUGGGGCACUACAAGAUGGGCAAUUAUGAGGAGGCGCGGAAAUUCAACUCGCUGCUGAUGGAGAAGGAGCCAACAAAUCUGCAAGCUCAGAGCCUUGCGAUGCUGAUCGACAAGCGCGUCGCCCGAGACGGAUACAUUGGAAUGGCCAUUGCCGGCGGGGUGGCCGCCCUCGGUACGCUCCUCGUGGCGUCGCUGGUUCGGCGAUCCUCCCGCCACUGA